UAAUAGUGUUGUAAAUUCGUCUUGUUGUGGUAUUAUUUUGAGUCCGUUGGAGUAUUCUUGCGCACCGCACAGUUGCCGUGAUGGACGUGAUGCAUGCGUGUCGCUGCUGCCUGCGGUGUGCUCCGGACAAGGACCUGACGACGCCGUACACACAUCUCGGCAAAACGGAGAUAUAUGCCGACAUGAUCAAAGAGAGCUUCGAUAUACAUCUGGUAGUCGGUGGCUCGGGCUCGUGCGGCAUCUGCUCGGCGUGCGUGGGCCGCCUGCGAGACGCGAGCGACUUCAAACUGCAGGUGCAGCGCAGCCAGGCGGAGCUGCAGGCGCGGCUGCAAGGAGAGAGCAUCAAAGAGGAAGAAGCCGCGGUCGAGCCAGAAAUGCAGGAUGGAGAUGGGAUCAGUGAGGAGCCUGUGUCGCGUGAAGAGCCUUUGGUCAAGCCAGAGACACUGGAUGAAAACGGGGCUCCUGAUAAGAUGUUACAUGACAUGCUGGGGUUAAAGAUGGCGGCCGGAGACGGGGCGAGCGACGAGGUGGACGUGCGGGCAGCCAAGUCGGAGGUGUCGGACGAAGCGAGUGACGAGGACUGCGUGUCGGUGUGUUCGGACGGCAGCGCCGCCCGCGCCAGGGAACAGCUCGCGAUGGCUUGUUCUGUGGUGCUCGAGCGCCUCCGCGACGACGCGACUGUUCACAGUGGUAUCAAACCAUAUCACUGCGAACACUGCGGCAAGCGUUUCAGAAACAAGUUUAUUUUACGAAAACACAUUGAACACACGCAUUCAUUGAUCGGACAAAAACCAUUUGCUUGUGAUUUUUGUAGUUCUACGUUUCAAACCGAAUUGCUUAUGAUGGAACACUUCAAAAGCGAACAUGAUGUUUCAAAUUUCAUGUGUGCUGAAUGUGAGUAUAUAACAAGUUCCAAGAAAAGUUUGGAGACUCAUUUAAGGAGUCACUCUUUGGAGAAUAAUUUUAAUUGUGGUCACUGUAGUUUCACAAGUUCGUGUAAAAGUGAUUUACACAAACACCAAACAAUACACAUUGCUGGAAAUCCUAUUAAGUGUAGCGACUCUGAUUUCAAAUGCAAUGUUGAAUCAAACCUGCUACGUCACCAGAAGACGCACAACCGGAGCCCCCAGAGAAUACUCACUAGAAAAGUAGUCAUUGUGAUAAAAAGUCAUCGUUACAAAUGUAGUCAUUGUGACAAAAAGUGCAGUGAUAGUUCAGCUUUACGAAGACAUGAAACGACACAUACUGGCGAGAAGCCAUUUCAGUGUAGCCACUGUGAUUACAAAUGCAGUAAGAAGUCAGACUUACAAAGACACCUGAUGAUACAUACUGAGGCGAAGCCAUUUCAGUGUAACCACUGUGAUUACAAAUGCAGUCGGAAGUCACACUUACAACAACACCUGAUGAUACAUACUGGGGUGAAGCCAUUUCAGUGUAGCCACUGUGAUUACAAAUGCAAUCAGAAGUCAGCCUUACAACAACACCUGAUGAUACAUACUGGGGCGAAGCCAUUUCAAUGUAGCCACUGUGAUUACAAAUGCAGUCAAAAGCAAAACUUACAACAACACCUGAUGAUACAUACUGGGGCGAAGCCAUUUCAGUGUAGCCACUGUGAUUACAAAUGCAGUAAGAAGUCAGACUUACAAAGACACCUGAUGAUACAUACUGGGGCGAAGCCAUUUCAGUGUAACCACUGUGAUUACAAAUGCAGUCGGAAGUCACACUUACAACAACACCUGAUGAUACAUACUGGGGUGAAGCCAUUUCAGUGUAGCCACUGUGAUUACAAAUGCAAUCAGAAGUCAGCCUUACAACAACACCUGAUGAUACAUACUGGGGCGAAGCCAUUUCAAUGUAGCCACUGUGAUUACAAAUGCAGUCAAAAGCAAAACUUACAACAACACCUGAUGAUACAUACUGGGGCGAAGCCAUUUCAGUGUAGCCACUGUGAUUACAAAUGCAGUAAGAAGUCAGACUUACAAAGACACCUGAUGAUACAUACUGGGGCGAAGCCAUUUCAGUGUAACCACUGUGAUUACAAAUGCAGUCGGAAGUCACACUUACAACAACACCUGAUGAUACAUACUGGGGUGAAGCCAUUUCAGUGUAGCCACUGUGAUUACAAAUGCAAUCAGAAGUCAGCCUUACAACAACACCUGAUGAUACAUACUGGGGCGAAGCCAUUUCAAUGUAGCCACUGUGAUUACAAAUGCAGUCAAAAGCAAAACUUACAACAACACCUGAUGAUACAUACUGGGGCGAAGCCAUUUCAGUGUAGCCACUGUGAUUACAAAUGCAGUAAGAAGUCAGACUUACAAAGACACCUGAUGAUACAUACUGGGGCGAAGCCAUUUCAGUGUAACCACUGUGAUUACAAAUGCAGUCGGAAGUCACACUUACAACAACACCUGAUGAAACAUACUGGGGUGAAGCCAUUUCAGUGUAGCCACUGUGAUUACAAAUGCAAUCAGAAGUCAGCCUUACAACAACACCUGAUGAUACAUGCUGGGGCGAAGCCAUUUCAAUGUAGCCACUGUGAUUACAAAUGCAGUCAAAAGCAAAACUUACAACAACACCUGAUGAUACAUACUGGGGCGAAGCCAUUUCAGUGUAGCCACUGUGAUUACAAAUGCAGUCGGAAGUCAGAUUUACCACGACACCUGAUGAAACAUACUGGGGCGAAGCCAUUUCGGUGUAGCCACUGUGAUUACAAAUGCAGUCGGACCUCACUCUUACAACGACACCUAAGGAUGCAUACUGGGGCGAAGCCAUUUAAAUAUAGCAACUGCGACUACAAGAGCAGUAAUAACGGAAACUUACAAGUUCACCAAAGAAAACACAAGAGAGAAGCCGUACACUCGUAGUCAUUGCGACUACAAGUGCAGUCAGAAAUCAUCCUUACGAAGACACGAAAGGACACACUGGCGAUAAGCCUUUUCAGCGUAUCCACUUUGAUUACAAAUGCAUUAAGAAAUCUGUGGGUUCUUACAACAACACCUGCUGACACUUACUGGGGCGAAGCCAUUUAAAUGUAGCGAUUGCUACUACAAAUGCAGAUCGAAAUCGUGUUUAAAAAGACACCUGACGAUGCAUACUAUGGCGAAACCAUAACAAUGUGGCAAUUGCGAUUACAGGUGUCGUCAGACUGUAGCAGCGGACUGGCGUAGGGUAUUUGUAUUCCAAAAGCGAGCCGUUCGAGCAAUAACAGGUGCCCCUGACGAUGUCUGCUCGCGAGUACUUCCGACAGUGUAGCAUACUAACACUUCCAUCUCUAUUAAUCCAACAAGUGGCAAUAUUUACGGACAAUAAUAGCAAAGUGUUCACAACAACACCAGCUAAUACAAAAUAUAGUCUGCUUGCAACAACAACGCGGGCCAGCUCGCCCCCGCCCACAAGCUCGCGGAAUCUAAAUGGCCAGGCUCCCUCCCGCCCUCUAGUGUACAGUAAGCACCGGACAGUAUCAGAGAUGCACUUUCCUCACAUGUGUUACAAAGCAAACUUAGACAAUGGCUCCUGCAGGCGAAAAGCAUUAGUAAACAUGCUACCUAACAAACCUAAUCUACAACCUACGCUUUUUUCCCCAGUGUAAUGUUUUCGCGGAUAUCACACUAAAUCAAUAGGUAGGUAGGUUAGGUUCGUUAGGUAGCUUCAGAUGCCCGAAGGGCAAACCGCCCAAAUGCGAGGCUCCGUCUAGUUAAGUUGAGUAUUCAACAUUUUUAGAAUUCAACAUUAUGUUUCUAAAGGAUAAUUUCGCAUGCAACGAUCUCUGAGCUACUACGUAGCAUUAACAUUUACACACGUGUUCGCGUUAGCAAUUAUACAUUAUGG